AUGGCGGGUGUAAGCAGCUGCAUGAAGUACUCCAUGUUCAUCUUCAACUUCUUAUUUUGGGUGUGUGGUUCCAUUAUUUUGGGAGUCUCUAUAUGGAUACGUGUUAGCAAAGAUGCUCAGCAGGAGUUGGAGAUAGACAGCAGCCUGUUUGCAGGGGUUGAUCUGCUGAUAGCCGUGGGCUCCAUCAUUAUGGUCCUUGGGUUUCUGGGAUGCUGUGGUGCCGUAAAGGAGAGCCGGUGCAUGCUGCUGUUGUUUUUUAUUGGACUGCUUCUGAUCCUGAUCCUUCAGAUCACAGGAGGUAUUUUAGGAGCAGUGUAUAGAUCUCAGAUUGAAACAUCCCUUAACAAGACUCUCGUGGAGAGUGUGAAUUCAUUGCAAAGCUCUACAGAAGAAUCUAAAAAGUUUCAAGAGAAAUUCCAGAAGUUUGAGAGAAUGAACCAGUGCUGUGGUUUGCUGAAUGGACCUGCAGACUGGGGAAAAAAUUUUAAUAGUCCUUUUGGUAGCAAAGUCUGUGCGUGUGAACUCAAGAGCCCAUCAUGCACCAUCUUUCAAGGCAGAUACGUUUAUAAAACGCCUUGUGGAGAAGUGAUUAUCGAAUACCUGGAAGACCAUCUGCUCAUAAUUAUGGGGAUUGCCUUUGGACUGGCCGUUAUUGAGAUUCUUGGUUUGGGGUUUUCUAUGAGCCUCUACUGCCAGAUCCAGAGAAAAUGA